AUGGCCAUGACCAACAGCACAUCAAAUUCACCCUGCGGCCUCAUUGAUUCUGCCACACUCACGGAUUCACAAUCUUUUUCUAUUUCUCAGAUUCUUGUCGAUGUAGCCGUGUCAACAGAGGACACCCUACCCACUGAAGUCUCUGGAGGCUCCUGCCUCAGUGAAGAAUGGAAGAACCUUGAUGGGAUACCUUGUAUUAUGGGUGGGAUGAGGGCACUUACUGCAUCACUUGGUAGGAUGCUCUGUGGGCGCACAAGUGCUGACUUCCCUUGGAAAACUCUCCCAAAGGAACUAGCUCACCUCAGCAAUCUUAUCCCACACAUCGCUUCUGUCAAGGAGAGACCAUCCAGUUCUGAGGAUGAUGACAUGACUGGCAGUGCAAAUGAUGAGGAUGAGUCAGAGUUGCAAUUUAGUGACAAUAGCAGAUUCAUGAAGCCAUUUGAUACUGAGCCCCCUUUGGAGCCUCUGGAGCCUCUGGAGCCUCCAGAGGUUCACCAAUUCACCAUCUACACCCUCCUCAGUGGACCUCCAUGA